GGAUGAGCUGCAACUGUUCCGAUGAAGGGGCAACUAUCUUAAACUUCCAGGCUUUUGAGUUCAAUGAGCUGAAGAAAGUAGAAGGCCAAAGGAAAGCAGAACUACAAAAAUUCAAAGACAGAAAGGAGUCUUCCAAAGAGAUCUUGUUGAUCGUGAACGGAUCCGUUCCUCUCAGUUAUCCAGCACAAGGAAUGGUCGUUGCCCCAGAAGAAUGGGAAAAUAUUCCAGGUCUUAAAGUUGUGGAUAACAUUCUACUUGAAGACUACAAGGUACAACUUUCGUCAUGUAAAUUGGGGGUACUUAACAUCCGUGCGACAGUGCCUGGGGUUAACGUUGAAGGCCUGGGUACUACUUUACUGACCAUGAGCAGCAGGUCUCUGGCCCAUCUCAACCGGCAGCUGGAGUUUGUGGUGUACGUUAACACCGUGUUUGACAUAGACGCCAGGGAUUAUGUGCACUUUGUUUAUCUUCAGCAUGAAGCGAUUAUCCCUGUCAUGGUUCGUGUAAGGAAGCCACCAAUUCUUUACAAACCAGGACCAGCAAAUGACAUAAAUGACAAGGUUACAAUUAUCACAAAGACCUUCCUGAGGUAUUUGUCAGUUAGACUUCUCCUUCACAGCAUCCAAAAAUACUACCCCAAGAUGCGGAUAGUUGUAGCAGAUGACAGCAGACCUAUCGAGGACCUACAGUCUGAACAUGUAGAUCAUUAUGUCAUGCCUUUUGCAUCGGGCUGGUUUGGUGGUAAAAACUUGGCAGUUUCCCAGGUGACCACACCUUACCUGUUGUGGCUGGAUGAUGACUUCGUCUUUUAUGAAGAAACAAAACUAGAGGUAAUGGUGGAAGUCCUCGACAACAGCAACUUGGACUUGGUUUCCGGCUCAAUUGGAAAAGAGAGCCUAGUUGUCACCAAGGUAGUACUGGUUCCAGGAGAAAAGCAUGAUGAUGGCGCUUGCAUCUUAUACAAGACAGACCAGAAUUAUGGCAAAGUUCCCGGAUUUCCUGACUGCUAUCUUACAACUAAGGUGACCAACUUGUUACUGCAAAAAAAUAACCGUUAA